GCGAUGAAUAGCACUGAGCAUGCACCUCUCACGUGACGUCGGCAAGCUAAUUUCUGUGGUAAUUGUUGCCCUUGCGAUCUUCCUGUUUCUCUUGUUUGUCUUUCCUCGGCAACACGCAAACAAGCUUCCUGCAACUUUUUUCAAGACCCUUUCGUCCCGAAAAUUACAAAAUGGCAGUGCUUCGCAUCGCCAAAGUGACUUUCCCGUCCGCAUUUUAGCACACACUUGGACUAACGAAAAUGUGACUCAUCGGAACGAAACUCGUCGCCGUCUGCCGAAAUGUAUCGUCAUUGGGGUCCGCAAAGGGGGUACUCGAGCACUGUUGGAGUACAUAAACUUGCAUCCCUCAGUUAAAAUUGCACACAAGGAGCCGCAUUUCUUCGACAUGAACUACAGUAUGGGAUUAAAAUGGUACAGAUCAUUGAUGCCCUAUUCUGAGCCCAAUCAAAUCACAAUAGAGAAGACGCCGAAAUAUUUCGUUUGGCCUGAGGCCCCCGAAAGGGUGCACCGGAUGAACAGUUCAAUCAGGUUGAUUUUGAUACUGCGGGACCCUGUAGAAAGGGCACUUUCGGACUACUUGCAACUAAACAGGAAAGAGUUAUUAGCAACUGACCUCGGAAACGAGUUUGAAAAAUUGGCCAUCAACCAAGUCACAGGCAAAGUAAACUACGUAUGGAACGCAAUACAGACGUCACUUUAUCACAAGCAUCUUAUCAACUGGCUGAAAUAUUUCCCGCGCAAUCAAAUCCUAAUUCUGGACUCAAACGUAUUGAUAGAAAACCCGUUACCUGUUUUGCAAAAGGUUGAAUCGUUCUUAGGCCUUGAACCGAGAAUCACGGAUGAUAUGUUUUACUUCAAUGCCACAAAGGGGUUCUAUUGUCGGACAGAGGCCCUCGGUGGCUGCCUGGGAAAGUUUAAAGGUUUCCCCCACCCAUCCUUAAAUCCCGUGGUUAUUGAAAAGUUAAGGGCGUUUUUUAGGCCCCACAACCAGGUCCUAUAUCAAAUUGCCGGCCACGACUUCAAAUGGGCCUGAUACUCUUUCUAAGCAGUCGUAACAUUUUCCCGGGGGACCGGAGUCCACUUAAGUGUGAUCGCGAUGAUGUGGGCACCACUGGUUGCAGUGGAGUCACUUCGCCGUUGUUAUUCUCCAGAAUAGCUCGUCAUUACCUAAGUGAGAAAAAAACCAAUACAUUGUACUGCACAGCUCAUUGUAUAUUGCGCUGUAUAGUGAAGUGAACUGCAGCAUAUUGAACUCCACAGUGCAUUGAACUGCAAAAUUGCAUUGUAUUAUUGCACAGUGCAUUGGAUCGUUCACUGCAUGUCUGCAUUGUACUAUACAGUGUAUUGAAUUGCACUGUGCAUUGAACUGUAUAAUGCUUUGUUCUGUACCUUUGGCCAUGUUUACAAUACAAGUACGUUCGGGUAUCAUGGAAGAACGACCCUAGAAAAGUUACCAUCAAAAAGGGUUCUUCAAGGACUUUUGCAGUAUAUCAUUAUCUACCUCAUCAUUUUAUUUAUUUGAUUUAAAUCUUCAAAAUUACAAGAUGGUGCGGUCUCCUUUAUUUGUCAAGAAGUUUCCUGUUGUGAAGUAAUAUUUCUAAGAAUUCGAUUGUUAUCAAUGAUGUUUGUUACUUCUAUAUGACUUCCAUGAAGUUAUCUCAGUCCCGUCAUUGUAAAAACGGUUUAAUAAAUAAG